AGCAGCUGCCAUGCAUUCUUGCAUUAGCUAUAUUUAAAGCUUUUAAGGAGCACUGAAAUCAUAUCUGAAGCUAAGCCUACAAUACCUGUGUAACACAAUAGAUCUGAGAGGGAUAAUGGAAGAAACAGGAAUAAUUUCAUACAGACGGUUCCUCGUUCCUGUAUUACUCGGUGUUGGAUGGAUCGUUGGCUGUGUAAUGAUGAUCUAUGUUGUUUUCUCAUGAUAACAGAGAGAUGAUAUCAUAAGAAAGUGGAAGAACCGACUGGCUGUCAAAACAACAAUACUGAUGCCUGUAAAGUUCUGUACAGUCCUGGAAUGUUACCUGACAAUAAAACAAGGAUUUUGUUAUAUGCCUUGAUUUGUAGAUGCUAAAUACACGAUGCUAUUAAAAUAAAGAUUUAUUUAUUAUAGAAAAAAAA